CAUGGAGUAUUCAAUGUUUUUUGGUGAUUCAUCUUAUUUAGUUUUCAUUGGAAAUUGAUUUUCAAACAAGAAAACCAUCCCUGAAAUACUGUUGUCGAGCACAUAUUACAAGAAAAAAAAUCCAUCAGAAAUUUAACUAUUUUUAUACGUUUCAAAGGAGAUGAAUCCUUACCUUAAUCUAUCCGAGGAAAGCAGGCUUGAGUUGUGGGAUAAUAUAAGAUUUGUUUCCUUUCUCCCAUGCACUGUAUACCUAUUCGUAUCUUUAACUGUUGGAGUUCCUGGGAACAUUAUUGUGUUAUAUAUCUACGGGUUUCGUCUACAAGGGAAACACAGUGGUCGUUAUUUCAUUCCAUAUUUAGCUUUGGCGGAUCUACUGGCUCUAAUAUUAUCAGUGGCGUUGCAUGCCAUGACUAACUUCUUCCCAGUCACAUUCAAAUAUAAUGACCUGUGUAGUUGGAGUUUCACACUGGCAUUUUUAACAACCAUUCUCUCCGCAUUCAUUCUUUUGUUAAUCUCUGUACAACGCUACUUAAAAGUCUGCAAACCAUUUGAUGGACAGAUGACAUUGUUUUGGAGGAGGACUUCUUUGCUGCUUUCAUUAGUUUUAUCUAUUGGACUUGCUAUUCCGUCGUACUUCACUUUUGGAUCAGAGAUGGUAUACAACGAAGAAAUGAAUGUGACAGGGACUGCUUGUCGUAGACUCACCUCUUCCACCCAAACAGUGUCUUUAAUCCACAGUGUCAUUUGUGCUUUGUUUAUGGUAGCUGAAGCAAUUGCUCUCACUUUCUUUUAUGCAGAAAUAGCAAAAGUCAUAUUUCGACGGAAGAGGGAACCUUUGUCAACUUUUUAUCAGACCAACUCAAAAGAAAAUGAUAAGAAAAAGAGCAACAAUGUUUCUUUGAUGUUUAUGAUCAUUACCAUAAUCUUUAUAAUAUCUUUCAUAACAAGACUUGUUACGUUCAUUUUGGAGAGUGCAAUAGUUGGAAUUUGGGAGAGACUUUCUGUCGCGGAAUACGGUAUUGUUCGGAUGGUUGAGUUGUUUUACAUAGUAAACCAUUUGGCUAACCCUUUUAUAUACGCUUUCAUGGAUGAUAAAUUCAGAUCAGAACUGAAAGCUGGACUGUUUUGCAAAACCAAAUUAGAAACAGAACAGUCAGAAAAUACAUAGUUGUUAUAACAUUGUGAAACUUACAUAAUGUAACUCUUGAUAUCAUAAAUAUAAAAAUACGAAAGACGACUUUCAAACUCUUAUUUUAUUGAAAACCGUCGGCACCUGGCAGACUUAACAGAGAGUCAGGUUACAUGUAUCAGAUGUAGAUGGAUAUGUGCCUCUUUUGUUCCAAAUAGGAUAUUGAACAAAUAUAUCAUGUACAA